GUGGAUUCUAUUUUGAGGUCGCGUAACAUGAGAGGUUCUCACCUUGAAGAAAACUAUUGAGCGGAUUUGUGUCCAGGAUGAACCAUCCGGGCAGGAAGGAGAACGACGGCAGCCACGAGGCUGAGCGCGACGGUCUAAAUGGAGCCGCACCGACCCAACAGCGUGCACUACGAUCGCUGGAAUGAUGACAACGUCAAAAUAGAAGUGGAGCCUUCAGAGUCCACGAUGCAGAGGAUCCACCGCCGAGUGUGCGUCGGCAGCACCGGCAUUUUUGUGAAGACCGCAGGAUGUUUGGCAGCUCUGGUCUCCAUCUACAUCAUCGGAUACGUGACUGGAUACUACGUCCACAAGUGUUGACCGUUUGGAGGGAUUUUCUGCAUCAUGCCUGUUUUGUGCUGCAGAAAGAUUUGCCAUCUUUAAGACACGUUUUACCAACAGAUGACCCUAUAAAUCAGGAAGUAUGGCAAACACAACUCGAGCAAAU